GGUUCAGGGUCACGUCCUAUGUAAGUAGUCCAUCCCAGUCUUUCACCAGGAGACACACACAUCCACCCCACCAGCCCUAGCUGUAUUAUUGAGGCCCAGCGUAAUGCCAUCCCUUCCUCUCUGCUAGCUUCCCUAGGUCAGAGUUCAACCCAGAGCAGCCAGACUAGAGUGAGGUGUGUGAGAGAGAGUUAGGCAGGGGUGUCAGGAAGCAGCGUACCAGUCGCCCGCCCUCUAACCCCCUCUGCCCACCCCCAGCCAUGGUCCAAUCCGGUGAGUUAUCGUCCACUGACAGAAGGGGAAGUGCCAGUUCAGCACAUCAGCAUCCAGGGGAGCAUAAUAUCACAACUAUGACAGGUUCAGUCAGAGUUUAGUGGUGGUGGUCAGACUAGUAUGUUUUGAUGAAUAAGCAGUAGGGGGAACUCAACUCCCAACACAGUUCAGCUCAUGUGGAUAGAGACAGUGAUUACGCACAAGCUCUCCCCUGUGAACUUGCCCCUGCUGCUCCUCGCCGUAUGCCUUGCAUUACUGUGAGCUCUGCCUGGAAUGAGGUGACAGAAGGGCCAGCAGGCUGGAGCUCGGAGGGUGGGGGUCGGGAGGGGUCAGCUCAGUCCCCUGGAAUCCCAGCCGUGUGAGGCGUACCACAGCCACCCGCCACUCCUCUCACCCCACUAUUAAAUCAUUACAGCUCCCAGAGAUCCCCCGAACCGACAAUCGCAGGAACGGCCGGCAAUUGACCCCGACCCCUGAAUUCCAACCCUCUUGAGUGGCCGAACACAGGGGCAGUACAUUUCCCAUGGGGUCAGACGGAAAAGAAGGCGAGUGUGUGUGUGUCCCUUACCGUUGAUCUCAGCGUGUGUAAAAGUCCACCUUCCUGUCCCUCUGUGGUCCACUGGCUUUCUCUCUUGGCUCCUUCAUUUGUGUCACAACCCCUCUCACUUUUCACCAGGUCUCCCCUGUUGGCACAUAAGAGACUUGUUAUUGUCGUAGCUAUGAAUGUCCCAGUGCAGAUUUCUCCUGCAAGUAGGGAGCAGUGGAAGUGGAACACGUGGACGUGAGAACCAUUCAGGUCCGUACUGGUAGCCCUCUCACCUUAGGUUCCUGUUUAUGGAUCAUCUCAAGUCUGAGGAGGAGUGCUGAUCUCCGAUCAGAUUUGCCUUUUAGAUCAUAAUAGAUCAACAUUUAUGGGGGGGGGGGAGCUGAUCCUAGAUCAGCACACCUACUUAGAGGCUUGUAUGACUAAACACAAUAGAGGAGCAACACAGUAAAGCUGUCAGAUCUCUUGUUUCACUAUUUCUUCGGGGAGGUUGAUGUUAAUCUCUCCGUUGAGUUUGUUUGGUAUGUUUAGCAGCGUUAAGAGUUUGGAGGGGAUGGAAUGUUUUUUUUUCACGUAGGCUGCUGGAGAGUCAUGAAAGUCAUGAACAUACACACACAAAGUCAUGAACAUACACACACACACACACUCCGCCACAAACACACUCACUCCAUCAUGAACACACACGCAGAGUUAGUUUCCAUGUGAGGGGCUUUGGGGCCAGCUGGGCCCAGGAUUGAGAUGUAGUAGAGAGGCUGUUAAGGGGCUUUUAGGUGCUGUACCUUUUCCUUGGCAGCACUGAGUAGCAAAUAUGUAGCUUUGUAGUUUAGCCUCCCCCUGUGUUCCCAGAGAGAGAUUCCAAGAAAUUCCACUUCAUCUUUUCAGGGCUUUGUCUGACUGACCUGAUCGUGAUGGGAGUCUGGAUGGUGACUCAUUCAACACUUAAUACACACACAGCCCGCUUAUUCAAGACUCAUAUUAUACCCUCCAAUUCUCCGACUUUCCCUGGCUCUGAUGGACUGGUAGAUGUCCUGACGUCACCACUACCAAGGAUUUAUCUGGGCUCAAAGUCCUUUGUUUCACACCAACUUAAAACCCUCAGAGGAUGGAUUGUUCUGCUUUGUUUAUUUCUCUGCCACGAGUCACUCCAGGUUAAUCGCCAUCUCUCUCACACACACACACAUGUAUGUGUGUGUGUGUGAGAGAGAUGGCGAUUAACCUACCACAGAUUGGAGUGACUCGCACUCGCAGCAGCACCCCCACGCUGGUUAAGAGUGUGUUGUCUUCUGUGUGUGACUAUCUCUCUCUGUGGGCCUCCAGUGACUGGACUUGGAAGUCCCUACCCUAGAGACUUAACCCUGACACACACACACACACACAUGGUGUAUGAUAGUCUAAUGCAGGUGGUUGUAAGAGGAGUCAGGGAUAGCCCCACUGCCUCUCAGCCAGGCUCUUUCUUUCCCUUUCAGAACUAUGCAUCUUGGAUUAAGAGCAAGGGAUCCCUGCACUGGCAAAAGCUGUGUGUGUGCGUGUGUGUGUGCGCGUGUGUGUGUGUGCGCGCGUGUGUGUGCGUGCGUGUGUGUGUGUGUGUCUCUAAUCAAGGCUAAGUAGAAUGUGGCCUUGGGGCAGCCUAGCUUUGUCCAGUGUGUAUCCGUGCCCGGCCUCUCCAGGAUGCUGAGUUGGGACUGGGAGUGAGCUGGACGUCUAUGGACAGCAGAGCUGGUUGCUGGUCACAGCAGCACCCAACUUCACCCCAGGAUCUUCCAGGGAAGCCCAAAUAAAGAGCAAACCAUUCAAGGCAAAAUACACAAUCUGGUACAGGUUGUGUCAACACUGGUGUUUGUCAUAGAAGGCAGUGGAGCCAGUCCAAGUGUCUAACCCUACAGCGGCGCCCCCCCCCCCCCCCCCCCUGGCCCCGGCCACACCUCUCCCUCUCCGUCUCUCUCUAUGAUAUCCCUCAUCCCCCGAUGGGCACCUCAUCACACCGUGCCACAAGUCCACCGUCGUCACUAACAACCACACCACGCCACUAACCACCGGCCAUCACCAUGGAGAUGAAACAGUCAAUGAUGAUGGACAGAGAGAACGAAGGAGGGGAGAAAGAGAAAGGGGAGGAGUCAUCGCAGGAGAACGGCAGACUCAUGCUGGCUGACGGAGGGGUGACAGAGAAGGGGGACCCCAAAGUGAACUCUGGUGGGGGGUCAGGAGGGGUGUCCAACGGGUACCCCACGUCCACAGCACCGAGCCCCAAGGAGGGAGCGGGGGGUGUACCCGCAGGGGCCCUCAGGACUCUGGUGGUCCAGCAGACCAGUCUGGACCAGCCCCGGGAGACCUGGAGCAAGAAGAUGGACUUUCUGUUGUCUGUGAUUGGCUACGCCGUGGACCUGGGAAAUGUGUGGCGCUUCCCCUACAUCUGCUACCAAAACGGCGGAGGUGCCUUCCUGCUGCCCUACAUGUUGAUGGCGGUAUUCGGUGGCGUGCCUCUGUUCUACAUGGAGCUGGCUCUGGGGCAGUUCCACCGCAGCGGCUGCAUCUCCAUCUGGAAACACAUCUGCCCCAUCUUCAAGGGUAUCGGCUUCGCCAUCUGCAUCAUAGCGCUGUACAUUGCGUUCUACUACAACACCAUCAUGGCGUGGGCCCUGUACUACCUGCUGGCGUCGUUCCGGCCCACCCUGCCCUGGACCACGUGCUCCAACCCCUGGAACACGGUCAACUGUCUCCGCUACCUGUCCACCGACAGCAACGUCACCUGGACCAACACGUCCACCUCGCCCGCCGAGGAGUUCUAUACGCGUCAGGUACUGCAAGUACACCUGUCUCCAGGUCUGCACCAGCUUGGCAGUGUGAGUUGGCAGCUGGCUCUCUGCCUCCUGUUCAUCUUCACCAUCGUCUACUUCAGCAUCUGGAAGGGAGUCAAGACCUCUGGCAAGGUGGUGUGGGUGACAGCCACCUUCCCCUACCUUGUCCUGCUGGUGCUGCUCGUUCGUGGGGCCACUCUGCCCGGAGCCUGGAGGGGCGUGGUCUUCUACCUCAAACCUGAUUGGGGGAAACUACUCAGCACCACAGUAUGGAUUGAUGCUGCAGCUCAGAUCUUCUUCUCUCUGGGGCCAGGUUUCGGGGUUCUCCUGGCCUUUGCCAGCUACAACCCCUUUCACAACAACUGUUACAAGGAUGCGUUGCUGACCAGCUCUGUGAACUGCCUGACCAGUUUCCUCUCUGGGUUUGUCAUCUUUACCGUGCUUGGCUACAUGGCUGAGAUGCGCAAAAUAGGCGUGGAGACCGUAGCCAAGGAUGCUGGUCCCAGUCUGCUGUUCAUCAUCUAUGCUGAAGCCAUCGCCAACAUGCCCGCUGCCACCUUCUUCGCCAUUAUCUUCUUCCUCAUGAUCAUCAUGCUGGGGCUGGACAGCACGUUUGCCGGUCUGGAGGGGGUGAUCACAGCCAUGCUGGAUGAGUUCCCCCAGUUGUUGUCUAGGAGGAGGGAGUGGUUUGUCCUGGGCCUGGUGUGUGUCUGCUACCUGGGAGCGCUCUCCACCCUCACCUACGGAGGUGCGUUUGUGGUGAAACUGUUUGAGGAGUACGCCACGGGACCUGCUGUCAUUACUGUGGUCUUCCUAGAAGUCAUCGCCGUUUCCUGGUUCUACGGCACGAGUCGUUUCUGUGCUGAUGUCCAUAUGAUGCUGGGCUUCUCUCCUGGAUUGUUCUGGAGGGUGUGCUGGGUGGCCAUCUGCCCAAUAUUCCUACUGUUCAUCAUUGUCAGUUUCCUGGCGUUCCCCCCGGAGGUCAAGUUGUUUGACUACGUCUACCCACCUUGGACAACAGUUCUGGGCUACUGCAUCGGAGUGUCCUCCUUCAUCUGUGUACCAGCCUACAUGGUGUACCACCUGCUCACUGCCAAAGGGACCUUUAAACAGCGUCUCCUGAAGGGCAUCACCCCUGUACCCAGUGGGCCUCACAGUGACAUUAUCAUCACCCACGCCGUCUGACCCAGUGGUCUGACCAGGCCCGGUGGACUACACCCCCCUCUGCUGGACAUAGAGCACAACUGCAGGAUGGGGAGGGUUCGUCCCAUCCCCCGCUUCUCCUCCAGAACACCCACAGCAGACUUCAGCACUAAGGCACCCCGUCCAUCCCACUGACCCCAGGGGUGAGGUGGAGUGCCGGGCCACACUGUCUGCAGCAUCCCACCCCUCCUCCCGUCAUCUCCCUCCUGGCUCAUUCUGUUAGCUAAACCAUUAGCAGCUAAUGGCGUCACUGUUUUCAUGCUGGCCCACGCUGGUCAGAGCAUUUCAACCACCCGACAGAGGGUUUUAGAUGCCACAGCACAAUGACAUGUGUACUGUUACAAUUGGAAUCCAUCCAUUCAGUAUGAUUCAUAAACAUACACACGCACUCUUCCUUGUCUCUGUUCUGUCAGGUCCACUUUUAUAUCACAAACAAACGUCUCAUUUGACCUUCGAUCCUUGUUUCAUGAGUUCUGCUUUCAGAUAUUUAGCCGGACAUUGAUUGCAAAAUCCAGGAAUCUUUUUACAUGUCUAAAUGAAGCCAAAUGUUCCAUCGGUAUUUCUACAGGUAUUUCCAGAUGUGAGCUGUUGUCAUGUUUUAGAAUGACUUGGUGGGAGCUUGUCAGUGUUUCUGAAUGGGAAUGGGAUGGCUGAACCUAUGAAGGGCCUUGAUGUGUGUCAGAGCGUCUCCACACGGUGAAGCGCUGUAUGUUGGUGUAGUAUGACGCACUGCAGUACUGAUUAUGCUCUGUAAGCAUAUCCAGGUUGUUGGGGAACAUAGAGACAAGUUCAGAAGAGAACACAGGGAUUUGUCCAGUCGUAUGUGGGGGGAUUCUUGAGUUGCAGUAUGGAAGGCUCUGGUUUGUGUGUGUGUUGGCAUGUUGAGUGUGUGUGUGUGUGUGUGUGUGUGUGUGUGUGUGUGUGUGUGUGUGUGUGUGUGUGUGUGUGUGUGUGUCAGAAAAAAUUGGAAGGAACGUGGGGAGAAGCUACCCUGUGCAGAUUAGAAGGAGUCAUGGGUUAUAUUAUUGCAAUAUACAUAUAUAUAUUUAUUUUAAAUAGUUAUUAUUGCUGUCAAAUCUAUGUAUGCUUUCAUGUAAUUUACCAAAAACUGACAUGCUGAUUUCAUCUCUUAAUAUGUAAAACACCAUUUACAUGUGAAUUACUUAUAGUGGGAACCAAAUAUCGAUCACAACUAUUUUCAUCUCCAUCGCUCAGUCCUCAAGGUUGCGUCUGAAACAGGUAUCCGUCUUUACUCUCUACCAAAUCAUCUGUUGUGUGUUGGACUGGGAGUAAAAAUAUGGCAUGUACGUGUGUAUUCGUCUUGGUAUCGGUGUAUGUCUCUUUGUUCUGUGAAUACCUGUCUACUCUCUUGGAUGCAUUACUGUAUGUUUGUGCGUGCCUCAGACCUGGGUUCAAAUACUAUAGGGAAUCUUUCAAAUACUUUGUGUUUUCUUUAGCCUGCCUAGGGCCAGAUGGGCGGGGUUUGUUUUAGCCUGCCUAGGGCCAGAUGGGCGGGGUUUGUUUUAGCCUGCCUAGGGCCAGAUGGGCGGGGUUUGUUUUAGCCUGCCUAGGGCCAGAUGGGCGGGGUUUGUUUUAGCCUGCCUAGGGCCAGAUGGGCGGGGUUUGUUUUAGCCUGCCUAGGGCCAGAUGGGCGGGGUUUGUUUUAGCCUGCCUAGUGCCAGAUGGGCGGGGUUUGUUUUAGCCUGCCUAGUGCCAGAUGGGCGGGGUUUGUUUUAGCCUGCCUAGUGCCAGAUGGGCGGGGUUUGCAGGUUUGCGACUGUUCUAUUUGUUCCAUUGAACCAGGCAAUCAAAUCUGAAGUAUUUGAAAGGAUUUCAAAUAGUAUUUUAACUCAGGAUUGGUGUACGUGUGAACGUGCAUACAUGAGUGUGUGCGUGUGUACAUUAUGAAUGGAAGUAGCAGUGUCGGACUUUGUGAGUGUGUGCAUGCCAAUGUGUGUAACCUGUGCUUCAACUUGUGUCUGUGAAGUGACCUUCUCUCGUCUUGUACUUCGCCAAAAUAUCCAAUGAAGAUGAUGUUAACAUCCCUCCCUUGUACCUCUCGAGCCUACAUAAUGUAUGAUAUAUGUGCGUCUGUAAAAGAUUGUAUUGAGAAAUAAACCUGUAUAGAAGAAAGAUAUAAAUAUAUAUGAAUUAAUAGAUAAAUAAAGUUAAGAUGUAAAUGAGUA